UUCUCUUCUCUCUAGCACCCAUAGCCAAUCUGAGCCUGUGACUAAAGCGCCAUCUCUCAAGCUGUACACUCCAGGCUGCAUUUACUCACUGGGUCUGCAGGCGCUAAGAGCCACCUCUGAAUUUAAAGCGCAUUUCACUCGUCUCCGCGCAGUGGCGGACGUCGCUCUGCAGGAAUCAGCAAAUAUACGGAAAUCCAACCACCGUGCAUCAAACAUAGGCUACAGUAGCCUAUAUUAUCGGGGACUAGCCAGCUGCAGACACUUUGUAGCCCUAGAGCGACUGCUUGCCAGCUUGCUUUUAGCCAAACAUGGGAUGCAAAGACAGAAACAUACUGGAAGGAGGAGAUAGAUAAAUAGAUUAAAGCGUGCAACAACAAAAAAGCCUCUUAUCGAUUGGCCGCGGAACCCGGAGAAGCACUAAAACAAAUAUCUGACCUCGACCUCCUCGGACGGUGGGAAACUGGUUGUUGAAAUGGAGAUGUCGAGAUUUUCUAUCAUCCCGUCUCCUCCUCCAACACACAUGCUGCUCAGGCUGCUGAUGAUGAUGUUUGCGUAGGAGUGUUUUAUUUUGCGGACAGCCGUUGGUAGACCAGUCUCUACUGUUCAAACAACUCCAGACAAGCGGUGGAUGGAACUGUGUGUGUGUGGCUGGCUGCCUGCUGCAAACACAUCUUUCCAGAGGUAUUGUUAUUGGAGCUCAUUUUUGCGUCUUUGGGGUGUUUUUCAGUUGUCUUUCUGCGAGUCUGGAAUUGGACAGAAAACGUUUUGCAUGCGAACUGUGUCGGGAAAAGUAGUCUAGAAGCAAAGAAUACGAAUUAUAACGUGGACAUUUUUGGCAAAGGACGCAUUUGCUCUUUUGUCUUUUUUAAAUUAACAACCAAAGAGGAUAAGGCCCAGGGGUCGAGCUCCAUCUCUACUUCGAUAGCAGACACUUGAGUGUUUUGCUGAUUACUUUGCUGACAUUGGGGGCUUCGUUUCAUUAGUGGUUUCAUUCUUCAGUGACUGAGGUCGACACAAACUACAACCAGCAGAGGUCGGGACCUGAGCUCCAAGGAGCCACCACUACCCUAGAUGUGACCCGGUGAAUUCCUCUUAUCUCUGAAGGGUGUUGAUGGAGAGCCAUUCGAAUGACAGCCGGUACAGUGGUCAUCACUGGUGGAAUUCUAGCUACUGUUAUAUUACUCCUUAUCAUCGCAGUACUGUGCUACUGUAGGCUGCAGUAUUACUGCUGCAAGAAGGAAGAGUCCGAGUCGGAGGAGGAGGAGCCAGACUUUGCCGUUACGUCCCGCCUCCCGCCGGUCCACUCCAAUCACAACAUUGUGGCGGCGACAGCCGCCGCCUCCUCCAUCCCAAAUGGCCCCGCCCUUUUUUCCACCCCUCCGCUGGCCAGGAAACUAACACGUUCACAGACCUUCUGUCCAUCCUGUACACACUAUGAGCUACCUUUCUACCUCCAGCCCCCUCAGCCGCAGCUCCACCAUCAACCAGAUGGGUUGAGGAACGGAGGUGACCGGAUCAGUUACCGCAGCGUCCAGCAGCAGGAUCUGGACCUGCCAGUGCCUGUGAACAUUUCAAACUACCGUAAACCAAACCUCGCCCGGUCGGUCACCAUGAGGGACAUGUUCACACGCAGCUGUAGCAUCAGCACUGAUGUUUAGCUGGGCGAUGCUGGAACUCGGUGUAAGUUUAUGCUUAAAUUAAAUGGGAUGGCCUAGGCUGGACUGGGCUUGAGUCAGACUGUGUUUUUGUUAUCUUGCCCAGUUUAGUCCAGUCUAGUAUGAUCUGAUCUAGUCUGGUCUCGUUCUACUUCACCUCUUGCAGAAUGGAGGACUCAGAUGGCUCUCAGGACAGGAUUUUCAAAGGUACUAUGCUCAGGUCCAGGACCUUACACUUGGGCCAAAAUAGAGUUCAAAGUAUCUAAAAAUGUUAAAUUAUCAAUAACAUGAACUUCUUGGUUUGUUUUGUUUUGAAUAGUUCUUUUUUAACAAUAAGAAUGGAAUUUGUUUUACGAUUUGAUAAAGUUUGUGUAGACCUACUUCCUCUCGACUCUUUUACCCAUGGCCCGAAAGAUAGACAGAUUCCCGCCAUGUCAAAAUGACAUAAUCGGCAGGGAUUUUCUCUCUGCCAUAGCUGCUACAAACAAAAUAUGAUUAGGAGAAGUCUAGUGUUCCCUUUUCCUAUGAUGGGAUGAUCUGUCUGUUCCUCUAUCCACAGAUUAUAGAGACUAUAAAAUAUAAUUUACCAGUGGAGAGACUAGAGGAGGAAAGGGGAUGUCGUGAUUUAGCUGCCACCCACAGACAUUUUACAUAGAUUUAACUUAGGCCAUAAUAUUUUAAGACAUAAAGGGCUCCAGUCUCCAGUUUGGCUGGUUUCUCUGAGCAUCUGCUGACAACACAGUGUAUAUACAGUAUACUACACUUCAGCAGAGAAAGACCUCUGUGUUCUUGCAGACAGGUUGGACUAGGUGCCAAAGGGGGAUGGGUUCUUGCAUUUGUGUGCA